AUGGUGGUGCAUGUAGCCCUUCCCUGUGAUAUAACACCACCAACUCUGGAUGAUCAGGUGGUAUUAAUUCUGUGGUACAAAGAUGAACAGUUGGCACCAAUUUAUACACUGGACGCCAGAAGGGGUAACCUGGAACAGGCCCGUACUCUCACCUCAGCUCUAUUGGACGGUCGGGCCUACUUUAAUCUGCACAACCGGCCGGCAUUCCUGCAGAUCGACCCCAUCCGAGUGAUGGAUGCGGGAGACUAUCGAUGUCGCGUCGACUUCAAGAGAGCCCGGACUGUCAAUACAGUCAUAUCACUCAAAGUGAUCGUUCCACCGGAAGAGCCACUAAUCGUUGAUAUGGACGGCAAUGAACUCAAAGGACUUAUUGGUCCCUACAAUGAAGGCGACCCUUUGAAAUUGAUUUGCACAACAAAUGGAGUGACCACAAACCAGUUGACCAUCACUUCUCUGGCUCGCCAUCACUUACUGUCCAUUUUCACGUGUCAGGCAAUUAAUAACAACAUAACUGUUCCUUCUUCCACAUCCAUUACAUUAGACCUCAAUUUAAAGCCAACAGAAGUGAGAAUAACUCAAUUGACACCGAUUCUAGUGGCGGACAGGGAGGCAAUCUUUGAGUGCAAUACAUUUGGCUCCCGACCCAAAGCUAUCCUUUAUUGGAUAUUUGAUGGCACCCGACAUAACACUCCUCUCAAUGGAGAAUUACAGACAUCCACAUCACUGACAGUGACCCUAAAGCACGCACAUAACGGUGCUCUCCUCACAUGUAUGGCCGAGAAUAGUAAAAUCGUCGAUUCAUCCGUUUCUGAUGAACUCAAACUUGAUAUCCAAUAUAUCCCUCAACUAUCGCUGCAAUUGGGAACUCCGACAAUAUCUCUACAGUCCCUACAGGAAGGAAAUGAUAUAUACUUUGACUGUCACAUCGACGCCAAUCCGCGACCAAAUGCGCCCAUUUUGUGGCGAUUCAAUGGAAACGUUUUACAUCCACAACAAGGCAUAAUUCAAAGCAACGUGUCAUUGGUGUUGCAAAGAGUGACCCGGAGUCAAAGUGGGACCUAUCAGUGUGAGGCCAGUAACCAACAGGGAAUAGCUCUGAGUAAUGCCAUUCACCUGAAGAUCCGAUAUGCACCCGUCUGUGGCACCGAAUUCACACUUGCGUUUGGAGUGUCUUUACACGAGUCGGUGGACUUGGAGUGCAAUGUGGAGGCAAACCCGGCGCAGGUGUCCUUCCAAUGGAGAUUUGAUGGCAAUACAGAACUCACUAAUUUCAACCAAAUCAAUGAAACCAGUUCAAUGUUGUCUUAUGCGCCCCAAUCACUACAAGAAUACGGAACAGUGGAAUGUAUGGCCAAAAACUCUAUCGGAAUACAACAGAAAGGAUGCAAAUAUCAUAUAAUACGCGCCGGUCCUCCCAAUUUUCCAUAUAUGUGCCAAGUAGUGAACCAAAGUGAUAAUGCCCUGGUCAUUCUAUGCACUGGCAGCGAUCACACGAGUGUAUUGUCUGCCAAUUGGACGGCUAAUGAUGUGUCCACUCAUAAGCAGAAUCAAUGGUUGAAUAGUGGGAGUAGUGUUGAGUCCAACACGCAAACAGUGGUCGUAUAUCCGCCCACUUAUUAUGUGUGCGAAGUUUCAAUGUUGUCUUAUGCGCCCCAAUCACUACAAGAAUACGGAACAGUGGAAUGUAUGGCCAAAAACUCAAUCGGAAUACAACAGAAAGGAUGCAAAUAUCAUAUAAUACGCGCCGGUCCUCCCAAUUUUCCAUAUAUGUGCCAAGUAGUGAACCAAAGUGAUAAUGCCCUGGUCAUUCUAUGCACUGGCAGCGAUCACACGAGUGUAUUGUCUGCCAAUUGGACGGGUAAUGAUGUGUCCACUCAUAAGCAGAAUCAAUGGUUGAAUAGUGGGAGUAGUGUUGAGUCCAACACGCAAACAGUGGUCGUAUAUCCGCCCACUUAUUAUGUGUGCGAAGUGUACUCUAAUAGCAAUCAAUAUUUGGUGGCAAACGUCUCAUUACCGGCUACACUACCCCUCUCUCAGUUGUCCACAAAUUCAAUACUUUCCGAUUCAACAAACAUUGCAUUAGACAACAGUAUAAAUAGUAUGAGUUCUGUAGGAGGUGUAGGUGUAGGUGCAGGAGGAACCGGAGGAACGGGUGGGUCGAGCAGUUCGGCAAUGAAUUCAUUCCAGUUGUUUGUGCCAAACCUGACUCCGGCCACUAAUUUCAAACUCAAACUCUUUGCGGCCAACUCUAAGGGCAGAAGCGAUCAAAUCUGGUUAAAGGCUCAGACAUUAAGACCCGCUGAAAGACUAGUCGAUGCCAACAGCAAUGCCAGCAAUGAUGGAUCAAAUAGUGGUCUCAUAUUAAGAGGAAAGCCUAUGGUUAUGGCGCUAUUGAUUGGCGCCGGAGUGGUCACUCUCAUAGUGAUAGCGUUGGGAGUGAUUGCUGUGGUUCGGGUGCGCAGAAGUGGUGGUGCCGGUGGUGGUGGACCACCAGUCAUGUGCCAACACGACACCCGACAACAACAGACGACAACUGCGGCCACUCUUUUCGAGGAGGAGGACGACUGCGACGGCUGUUGUGGUGACGACUGUUGCGAUGAAAUGCUGUUGACUUCGACCACAACUGCCGCUCAACAACAGUCACAGCAACCGAUUGGACAACAGUUGCACUCAAACACCAACACUACAAAAGGCCCGCCGGAUAUCAUCCCAUCGUUUGGUUAUUUGAGUGGAGGUCUCGACAACAAGAACUUCAUUACAUAUGCCUAUCAAACGGAUGAUACCGUGCAAUACGUGCCUCAAACUGAUGGUGUCGUCCAUUACGCAGAGCUCUCAUUCUGUGGACAGCCAUUACCACAGCAAACAUUAGUACAUCCAACGAUGCCAUCGAUGCCACCGAUGCUGUCAAAGUCAGCUCAACAGCAAUCUGUAGAAUACGCCAAAAUAGAGUUCAAUAAAAGCCAAACUCCGACCCAAAGAGUCAAUCUGAUCGGUGGAAGUCCUAAAUUUGAGUCAACCUGUCCCACAGCCUUCCUAUGCAUAUCACGACCCGUUAAUACAAGCGUCUGUGAAUAUGAGGGGCGAAUAUAUGGCGUGGGUUCAAGAAUUCCAGUGAAAAAUGUGUGCCGAAUGUGUGAAUGCCGUGACUUCGGGAGAACCACACGAGAGGUUUCCGCACAAAUCGAUUGCGGAAUAGGCGUCGAGUGUCCUGAAGAGGCCUUUGGUCUCAAACCCCAACCAAACUGUUAUUUCGCUUACGAGAGGGACAGGUGUUGUGGACAACAGGUGUGCGAAAACCCAUUGCAUCCGAAAAAAUCAACAAAAGUAUGUACUUAUAAGGGAAGGCGCUAUCGAUUGGGAGAGAAAAUAUAUCCCGAAGAAGACAAUUGUAAGAUAUGUUACUGUAAUGAAGAUUGGAGUGACACCGACCCUCUCAACAGCCUGUCCUGUCGGACACAUUCAUGCGACUUACAGCUCGAUAAAGAUUUUGUCAGCGGAUGUCUACCAGUUUAUCAUGAAAGCAGUUGCUGUCCCAUUGAAUACAAGUGUCCCAAAACUGUGGUCUCUUCUGCGCGAACAUCCGAUUCAAAGAGUUGUUGGUUUGAUGGCCGCCAGUACUCCAGAGGACAACAAAUGCCAACCGAUAACCCAUGCGUUGAAUGUGUUUGCAGAACACCACCGGAAAUGACAUGCAUUCAGAAGAGUUGUCCGACUCCUCCACAUAACUGUUAUGUCGGCAAAUGGGAUAAUAGUGUUUGUUGUCAGCACUACACGUGUCAGCCCCGGGAUCACAUUCGCGAUGAGUCACAGUUCAGACACAAUUUCUAUUCAAAUUCAUAA